AUGACGCCUAUUGAAUUGAAGGAGCUGAAGGAGCAGCUGGAAGUGUUUAUGGACCUGAUGAAUAGGGUGUUCCAGCCUUAUCUGGAUAACUUUAUUAUCGUGUUCAUUGAUGACAUUCUGAUUUACUCGAAGACCAGUGAAGAGCAUGAGCUACAUGUAAGGACGGCGUUGCAGACUCUAAAAGAUAACCAGUUAUAUACUAAGUUUUCUAAGUGUGAGUUCUGGAAUGAGAGUGAUAAAUUUCUUGGGCAUAUUGUUUCAGAAAAAGGUAUUGCGGUUGACCCUAUGAAGAUCGAAGCUGUAGUGAAGUGGGAACAGCCCACAAGUGUGUUAGAAGUUAGAAGCUUUCUUAGGCUCGCUGGAUAUUAUAAAAGGUUUAUUAAGGAUUUUUCGAAGAUUGUCGGACCGCUAACAAGUUUAACUCGAAAAGGAGUGCCCUUCAAGUGGACUGAAAAGUGUGAAGAAGCUUUUGCUGAACUGAAGCAACUCUUAACCUCAACUCCCACUCUAACCCUCCCGAAGGAUGGGCCCAGUGGAGUUUGUUUCCUUAACUCAUCGGCCAUAGGCACCAUUCAAUCACCUUCCAUUGCAAAUUGCAAGCUUGUUACUCAUUCCAUGAUGGAAUGCAAAUCCGGCAAACUGUUUAAUCUUCUUAGUUUCUUCAUAUUCUACUGCCUCUGCGUUCAAUUUUCCCACGCGGCGGAUACCAUCACACAAGACCAACCACUCCCUGACGGGAAGACCUUGAUUUCUGCUGGUGAGGUUUUCGAGCUGGGUUUCUUUAGCCCCGGCAAGUCCAAGAAUCAUUACGUGGGAAUAUGGUACAAGAAAGUCACGGAACAAACGGUUGUAUGGGUUGCCAAUAGGAGAACCCCGCUCUCACAUUCAUCUGGUGUCCUUACAAUUAACAGCAAUAAUGGGAAUCUGAUGAUCUUGGAUGAGAUUGGAGGCAACAUCAUGGUGACAUCUGAUUCUGCUACCAAUCACACAAGUGCUCGGCUACUGGAUACUGGAAACUUCAUACUGAUAGAAGGUAAUUCAACUAAUGAUGAAGGCCAGAUCAUAUGGCAAAGCUUUGAUUAUCCUACAGAUACGUAUCUCCCUGGCAUGAAACUGGGGUUGAAUAGAAAAAGUCCGCAAAACAGCUGGAUGCUCUCUUCAUGGACAAGUGAAGAAGACCCUGCUCCUGGGGACUUCACUUUGGGAAUGGAUUCCGAUGGAUUGGCUGAUCAGUUUCUUAUACGGAGAGCACGACAAAACUACUGGACUAGUGGCCCAUGGAACGGGCACAUUUUCUCCCUUGUUCCCGAAAUGGCACUAAGUUAUAAUAUCUUCAAUUACAGCUACACAUCGAAUGAGGAUGGGACAUAUUUUAUUUGUUCACUUUAUGAUAAUACUAUAAUUUCAAGAUUGGUGAUGGACGUGUCUGGGCAACUCAAGCAAUUGAUAUGGCUGGAGAACAGCCAAUCUUGGAAUUUGUUUUGGUCUCAACCAAGAACGGCAUGUGAUGUUUAUGCUGCUUGUGGGGCAUACGGUAUCUGCGAUGAUAGUACGUCCUUGUGCAAGUGCUUGCACGGGUUUGAGCCUUACUCUCAAAGAGAAUGGGAUUCAGGUCAUAGAUCAAAGGGGUGCGUGAGGCGAACAGAACUGAAUUGUGGGAAUCAAGAUAGGUUCUUGCGGUUGAGUGGCAUGACGUUUUCUGAUAACCCUCUAGUUCUAAAGAAUUCAAGUCUCAGCCUAGAAGAUUGCGAAUUUGAGUGCAGGAGUAACUGCUUUUGUAUUGCUUAUGUUUCUGCUCAUGAUAACAGAGCCGGAUGUUCCUUGUUGGAUGGAGAGUUGAUAAAUAUUCGUGAGACGACCUUCGGCAAUGUCCCUGAUGUUUAUGUUCGUCUCUCUGCUUCAGAGUUUGAAAACAAUACAAGUUCAGACAGAGGAAAGAAGAAGAGGAUACAAGUAAUCAGUGCACUAACAAUCUCUCUGUCCAUACUUCUACUGGGCUCCUUUAUGUGUUGUUUCUGUGGACGAAAGCUAAUGCAUAGAGUGAAGCAACUGUUUUGCUACCAACCAGGGAAACGGGAAACAAGCCAAGAAGUAUUAUUGCGUGAGUUAGGAGAUGAUGGGUCAGAUGACAGGGAACUCAUGAAUGCAAAUAGGCUCAGAGAAGGUGGAAGGAAGGGUCUGGAGUUGCCGCUAUACAGUUUUGCAAGUAUAGUAGCUGCGACAGAUAACUUCUCUCCAGCAAAUAAGCUUGGGCAGGGUGGUUUUGGCCCUGUUUAUAAGGGUAAGUUGCACGACGGACAAGAAAUCGCUGUGAAAAGGCUUUCAAGGAGUUCUGGACAAGGCCUAGAAGAGUUCAAAAAUGAGAUCAUACUUAUUGCCAAACUCCAACACAUGAAUCUUGUUAGGCUUUUGGGUUGCUGCAUUGAAGGAGAAGAAAAGAUACUGCUCUACGAGUACAUGCCCAACAAAAGCCUGGAUUUCCUCCUCUUUGAUCCAGCCCAAGGAAAGCUUUUAGAUUGGGGAAAACGCAUCCACAUCAUUGAUGGAAUUGCUCAAGGGCUUCUCUAUCUUCACAAGUACUCCAGAUUGAGAGUUAUUCACAGAGAUCUUAAAGCCAGUAACAUUCUCUUGGAUGGUGAGAUGAACCCCAAGAUAUCAGACUUUGGCAUGGCGAGAAUUUUCGGGCGAAAUGAAUCAGAGGCAAAUACAAAUAGGGUUGUUGGAACUUAUGGUUAUAUGUCUCCCGAGUAUGCAAUGGAGGGCCUUUUCUCAGAGAAAUCUGACGUCUUUAGCUUCGGAGUCUUACUUCUAGAGAUUGUCAGUGGCAAGAAGAACACCAACUUUUAUCAUUCUGAUAGGUCUCUAAACCUUCUCGGAUAUGUGAGUAACCAGAACAAAUCUACCAUCUUGGUUUCAUGUUUCAAAUCACCUUGUUUUUGUUUCGUUUUGGAAUCUGACAAUGACUUGCAACCAAGAAAGAUGUAAUUGUUUCAGGCAUGGGAAUUGUGGAAGGAUGAUAGGGUCUCGAAGUUGAUGGACCCAAUGUUAGGUGAUACAUCUACUGGCUCUGACAUUUUGAGAUUCAUCCAAAUGGGACUCUUAUGUGUGCAGGAAAGUGCGAGGGAUAGACCCACCAUGUCCAAUGUUGUUUCUAUGCUUAGUAACAAAAUGGCAACGUUGGCUAAUCCGAAACGACCUGCAUUCUUUCUAGGAAGAAGGGGGUUUGAGGAGAAUUCAUCUAAAAGCAGAACAGAGAAUUGUUCCAAUAAUGAUGUAACUAUUUCUGUGAUAGAAGCUAGAUAGACAUUCCGACUUCAAAACAGAGUAUGCAUCUUUUUCCAAUCAACGGAAUUAUAGGUGGUUGAAGUUCGAAUAAUUCUUACCAUUUUAUAUCAGUCAGAUUAAAUGAUUAUGCUGUAAGCUCCCAUAUGAGACAAUGUGUAGUAUGGGUAAGAUUGUGGGAUUUAUUCUCUAAACUACCAUAAAUAAGCUAUUGUUUCAUUAAAUUCUUGAGUUGAAUUGAGUCAUUGAAAAUUUUCUAUUCAAUGUUUUACAUUCGUCAACAAACAUGGAUGAGAACCAUCAUCCCUUCAGUGCAAGUUUCUUAUGGUGGCCCAUAUAGCAUAUGGUAACAGACAUAUUCUGACUCCUGGUACACCACUUCAACCUUGAUCUUGACACUCGUAACUGUUCUUCCUCCAUUGC